AGGUCAAAGAAUGACAUAUAUUUUUGCAACCUUUUAUCUUUUAUUUUCUAUUGUUUGUGAGUUUAUUUCACCAAAAUACUAUAUUGUUCAGUUAUGUCAUUGUAGCUCUAUAGGUAUUGGGAGAGUUAUUUUUUUGUGUAUGUGCGCCCUCUAUUGGAUGUGAGGUCAUAUACUGGAUUUUAGCGUUCUUUUCUCAGUCUGCAUUCUACGUGAUUGAGAGAGUUGUCCUUUUUCUUAUGUUAGGCUGAUUCUAAUUCGAGGAUUGAAUCCUGAAUUAUUGCUCUCUUUGAAAUUUAACAGGUAUGUACUCCCAAUACCAGGUUAUGAAUAUAAUGUGUUCAUUUAAAACGUUUUCUUGUAUUGAUUAAUGUUCAAUGGCACUACAAAGCCCAGAUGUAAAGCAUGUACGUGUUGCUUUGUGCAUAUAACUGUAUAUGUAUUAAUUAUUGAAAAGAUAGUUUAUUUCAUGUUGCAUAAUGUUAAUGUAAGAGCUAAAAGCCCAGUGUGGUGAACAGAGAUAACAUGCAAUAUGGCACAUACACAUUAUAUAUAUCUAUGCCUAAUGUGAUAUGUUUAAUUAUUCUUUUGUAUUUUAUUUUCUGAUUUUUGUAUGUGAUUAAAUGUUUAGUCUGCAUUCUACGUGAUUGAGAGAGGCUGAUUCUAAUUCGAGGAUUGAAUCCUGAAUUAUUGCUCUCUUUGAAAUUUAACAGUGAGCCGAAUAAAGUGCCUUGAGGAAAGUCGGUGUCCUGUCAUCAGUGCACCAGAACACAACGCAGUAGUCGGCGAAGUGCAGACCACGCCGGCUACAUUGGUGCCGUGACCCGGAUAUCUCCGCUUCAGAUCAUCGCCAGGGUGAUCGCCGGUGGUUGCUGUGAAGAGUAGGAAUCUCUUUUGGGACAUUGACAAGUACAAGGGCUGAUAUCAUUGUGUAAAUUGUAACGUUUAAUUGCCUCUAUCUCAGCUAGUAUCAUUUUACAUUGUUUUUUUUUCAUCCCAUAUUCGCAUGUACUAGUAAUUCACAUAUUAUUAUCAUAGUCUAUCACAUUACAACUUUUUUUUUUUUCAAAAUGACUGAUGGCAAGCAUGUGCAGACACCACUUAGUGUUGGGGAUGCAGUGGGAGUAAACCUAGGGAGGGGUAGGUUUAUGAGUAGGGUGGAAAGCACGCCGGUUAAAGGUGCUGGUGUAUUAGGUCGACCUGUAUUCUCGUCCACACGCUUACGUACUGAUGAACAUUCUCCCGCACCACACAUGAGUAGGUUAGGAGAUGCACCAGACAUUGGGAGUGGCGUUAAUUCAGUGGGCCGUCCUGUAUUUUCAUAUACUCAUGCACAUUCAGAUGAAUAUUCUCCACGUCAGCCAGUGUCUAGUCCAGAUGUGAGUUCCGCAGACCUAGGAAGUCUCAUCACACAGUUAGCUCACGAAAUAGGAGAGAACAUUGCUAGCCAACUACAGAGAUCUGUUGGUAGUGCAGAUAGCCAAACCACUCCUACACUUAGCAUGAACUUAGGAUAUGGACAGUCUGACUUGAACAUGACUGGAGUUAAGUUAGUUAUGAAGACAGAUGUCAAAGAGCCGCCGUACUUCAGGGGUGAUGGAACGGACAAACACACAGUGCAUGAGUGGGAAGAAAUUAUGAGCGUUUACCUGAAUAAGAGGGGCAUACACCCGCAAGAGUACUCCCAGGAGAUAAUGUCAAGACUAAUGGGAAAGGCUAGAGACAUUGUAAAAGUUACCCUGCGCAGCAUGCCAUCGCUGCAGCCAGCUGAAAACUCCAAGCUCGUCUUUGAUAUUCUGAAACAACAUUUCAGCGAGGUAACCUACUCUUCAAUGCUUUUAGCAGAUUUUUACAACACGCUUCCUUUGGCUGGAGAAAGUCCCAUGGACUAUUGGAUACGCUUGAAUAAAGCUGUGGAUGUCGUGGAUGAGUGUCUGAGAAGGCAGGGGCGAAACAUUGAGGACCCCUCUCACGAAGUCACAAUGAUGCUGGUGAAACACUGUCCCGACCCCGCUCUUGCAAGUGUCCUGAAGUGUAAAACAGCUGAAAAGUGGACGGCAAAUGAGAUUCAGGAACAUCUCAUUGAACAUCAAAGAGAGGCCAGAACAAUGUCUCAAGCCAAAUCUUGUCGGCCAAAGAACAUUGGUAUACAUGCUCAGACAUUAGCAACAGAGACAGCCACUGUUAAUAACUCCACAGACCUUACAAGCCACCCGAAGGCAAUGGGGCUCCCAUCUUCUCCUCAGACCGAGAGUGUCUGCAUCCAGUCUCUCAUUGGCUUGCUGAACCGUGUGCUGGAGCAGAUGGCACAGACAGCAGCAGUUGUGCCACCGAGCAGGGGCCCCGCGGCCAUUGUUCAGAAUAGAUGUAAAGUCUGUCAGUCUGCUGAACAUUCAACUACUGCGCACUGUAGACAGGCAAACCUCUGUAUGGGCUGUUACAAGCCCGGCCACUGGAAGAGGGAGUGCCAACAGCGCCGGCCAAGAAUUAACACCAGGCCACAGUCAGCGCAAGCACCGCCUAACCCAGAGCAAGGUGGAGCCAGUUUAAACUAG